AUGGAACCUAUAGGACCCAUUUCAGAAAGGGAAUGGAUAUCUCUCACUGGAGCUUACACAGCUGAGGAGUCUGAUUUCAUGGCUAAUUUGCUCAACAACUAUUGUCUUCCAAACGAGCUCAAUCCCGGUUCGAGCUCGGCCGUCCCGUCUGCUUGUUUGGCCAUGGCACCCAUGGAUGAACCUUCUUACUAUAGUAAUCCUUAUUACACCUUGAAUGAGAAUGAUUCUCACCCUCUUUGGUUGCCUAAUAAUGGUGCCUCUUUGUCCUUGGAUUUCUCGAUGGAGGAUGUUCGGAAUGGCGACCGAUUGGACGAUUGCGGUUCGAGUCGAAAAACAAGGCAAUGCAGGCUGCAACAAUUCCCUGCUGGAAGCUCACAGCCCGAAAAGAGAGCUGAGAUCACGGUGGAAGUAGCUACGAAGGACGAUAAAGUUGCACCGACACCAGUUGACACCAACUCGAGGAAACGAUCCCCGAGUUCGUAUAAUGUGGAAAAGACGAAGACGAGUACGAGGAACACGAGGGCACGGAAGAGCUCGAAGAUUGGUUCGGCUAGCUGCAAUGAAGAGGAGGAUCACAUUGUUAGUCCAAAUGGGCUGUGCACAAGCAGCUUCAGCUCAGAAGAUGACUGUAAUGGUGGGAUCACUUCCAGCUCAACCCUGAGCUCAAGUGGAAAGCCAAGAGCCAGUAGAGGCUCAGCCACAGACCCUCAAAGCCUCUAUGCAAGGAAAAGGAGAGAAAGAAUCAAUGAAAGGUUGAGAAUGUUACAAAGCCUCGUCCCCAACGGCACGAAGGUUGAUAUCAGUACAAUGCUUGAAGAAGCAGUUGAGUAUGUGAAGUUCUUGCAGCUUCAAAUCAAGCUGUUGAGCUCUGAUGAUCUAUGGAUGUAUGCACCAAUUGCUUACAAUGGAAUGGACAUUGGACUUAACUUGAAGCUCAUGAAACAAGACAAUAAUGCAUCACAAUAG